CUCUUUUUUUUUUUUUAUGAAUUGAGUCUGUUUUUUAUGUUAUUUUGUACUGUACAACUACUUUUUGUGGGAUCGUUUUCUCAUGAGAGGUAAUUAAAAGAAAUUAGAAAAUGGAUUGCUACCUAUGCCUAGAUCUCGGAUAACUGGAAAUUUUAUUGAUAAGACUUUUUCAGUUGUAGCCAAUAUCUUAUUACGAAUAAUUCCGACAACUUCGGGAGAAAAAGAGGCAUUUACUUAUUACAGAGAUGGUGUGAUUUUAUUUUUUUAUUUACCGCUGUCAAGUCUUAGGAGAAAGACAAAUUAGUCGGGAUAGAAAGAUUUGAAAUAACUCUACGCUUGUUGAAGGUGAAGUUUAUAAAUAAAACAAUUCCUUCUGUCGGGUAUCCCCGAUUAAUGCAGCCUCAAAUGCUUCAAUUGUCAAUUCUAGCAUUGAACGAAAGGUUACACCUAUGCCUAUGGCUAUGGGUUCUGUAUUGCAGGUUAACCCUACCCCACUAGUACCAAUAGGCGGCAUAGAGGAAGAAGCACUACGCCUAGGAAUCAACAACGCAAAAACUUUGUUAGAAAUUAUCCCUUUCUUUAUUGGGAUCGGGACUAAGAGGAAUGGUUGGGACAACAAACAUCCAUCUCGUUCGUACUUUGGAUACCCGUAUAACCAUCGAAGACUGUUGAAGUGACUAAUUCCUAGAAAUUAAGGAAGAUUGAGGACAAAGAAAUUGUUGGAGUUAACUUAAUAUUUUUAUCUAGUAUCAACAUGCUUGAUGUUAAGAAAAGAUCUUUUGCAGGAAGGUUGGCUAGAGAUUUCUUGUAAAAACACUAGACCCGCUCAGUUCAUAAUGAGAAUAUUUCACUCCCCUUUUUAUUCUAUGUUAUGUAUUAUUCUCAUUAUGAACAUAAGGGAGGAGCCGUAUGAGAUGAAAAUCUCACGUACGGUUCUGGAACGGAGAUUCUUUGAAUCGAAUGACGACCGUAACGAAUGUCUGCUCAAUCCGAAGGAAAUUAUGCAGAAGCUUUACAGAAUUAUUAUGAAGCUAUGCGGCUAGAAAUUGAUCCCUAUGAUCGAAGUUAUAUACUCUAUAAUAUAGGCCUUAUUCACACAAGUAAUGGAGAACACACAAAAGCUUUGGAAUAUUAUUUUCGGGCACUAGAACGAAACCCCUUCUUACCACAAGCUUUAAAUAAUAUGGCCGUGAUCUGUCAUUACGUGCGACUAUCUCCACUAUAGAAAGAAAAAAAAAAAAAAAGAAAAAAAUUUACUAGAAAUAGGCUUUCUACAUAUGCAUCGUCCAAAACAACGAUUUUUAUCAGCUGUAGCAAAAAAAGCAACUUCAUAGAAGUCAAAAUGUGAAGAAAAAAAUAUGCCUAGAUACUUUUUUCUAUGGAUAAAGGAUCUAAUUGAUAGAGGAAGCAUCGUAAAGAUCAAUUAGCGAGAUUUUUGGCCGAUACAAUAAGAACUGCUUACUUAUGUCAUAAUAUGAGACAAAAGUUAGGAAUCAACUUAUGUAACAGAGUCGGUCCCCUAAAGUAUUGAGCAGCGGUGUAGCAUCAGAUCCCAAAGAUAGUAAGUCUUUCUUAUGAGGGAAGGUCUUUUUCAAAGAUUCUAUAUAUAUUUAUAUAUAAAACCGAGAUAGUUACCUUUCAGAAAAUUCUAACGAUAGUAGAACAGCUACGCUUUAUUCUUCUGAAGGUGGGAGAAAAGAUAAAACUGAUUAUUAAUCAAAAACAAGUUUGAAACUUAUGUAAUUAACCCUUUUUGGUUAACUCGAGAAAAAAAAAAAGUGGGACACCAAAAGAAUUGACUACUGAGCCGUAUGAGGUAGGAAACUCUCAAGUACGGUUCUAAUGGAAGGAAUUUGCUUGCCUAUUCUGACCGAGGAGAACAGGCCAUUCGGCAGGGAGAUUCUGAAAUUGCGGAGGCUUGGUUCGAUCAAGCCGCGGAGUAUUGGAAACAAGCUAUAGCGCUUACUCCCGGAAAUUAUAUUGAAGCGCAGAAUUGGUUGAAAAUCACAAGGCGUUUCGAAUAAGAUAAGAGCACUCUCUUUGUAUUUAUUAUUUAGUAUUUUUUUUUAGUAUUUGUUACAUUUUUAUAUUUCUUAUAACAAAUUUGUUAUAAUUAAUUGUUUGUUAUCCCUAUCAGUCAAAUAAAACAGAUCGUUUCUCUGGGAAGAACCAAUCAAAGAAUUUCAUGAAUUUCAUUAUACCACUUCUAAGAUCGUCCCCCUUUUGUCUGGUAUUUCAUAGGAAUAAACGAUACAAUAGGAAUAAAUGAUACACAGAUAUAAACAGUAAAGAAUGUAUAUUUUCUAUAUUUUUUUUUUCUUUUCUGUUAUUAAAACAAAUAAAAGAAACCUUGAAAUGCCUAAAAAUAGAAUAGAUCCCGGAAUGUCUCUUAGUAAUGACCUCUCGCCUGAUUUGGAAUAGAGUAAUAGUAAUAUGUUCUAUGUAAAGUAAAACAUAAAUAAAACAGAAAGUAGUCUCCGCCAGAAACUUUUAAUUAAGA